AUGGAUCGGAUGAGCCCAGCUCUGCAACCGUCAUCAUCAUCAUCAUCACCAUCAUCGUUGACCCAUGUCAACCGUCCGGGAAUAACCGAGCUAUCGGACGGCUUUUUCAAACCUCAACUCUGUCAAAAACAAGCCGAGGAGGAGAAUUCGCUUUUGUUGUUAUCCUCGUCAGCUUCGUCAACAUCAUCCUCGUCGGUGAUACGCAAUAUGUUGAAAACCAAUCGACCAAAUAUCGGCUCCCAUCCAACAACUUCCGCAACUCGAAAACUGGCGGCAUCCGGUCAGUCCACACCGAAUCCAGUUUCCCGCUCACCGAGUCGGAAAACAGUCACACCGAGGCAUGACACAAAGAACCGACAGAGCAAUUCUGUUGGUAAAUCUGGAUUGCCGACAUUGCAGAUUCCGUCUACCACUGGGCCGGAUGUUGGACAUUGGGCAAAUACCGGCAUCUUGCUCCCCGGCUCCAUCUCCGGCAAUCGACAAACCAAUCAGCAGCCCUGCUGUUUGAGUCGUCGAGCCAGUUCACUAAGCUAUCGUUCAGUUGCAUCGACCCAGUCGGGUACCACGUCGGAUUGUUCCACUCCGACUGGGACCAUCACUGAUGGUGGUGUUAUUCUGGCCUACGCACCCAGUUCAAAGACGUCCGAUCUCAUCGAACCAACACAGAUUGCUUUCGAUCAGCACCAGAGACUAGAAUCACCACAACCGCCCACACCACCAACAGCGCAAAGUCAACAGCCCCUGCAACACCAACAAAAACAAUUGCAAACACAAACAAGUCUGCAAUCACAAUCCGGAACGAUUUCCAAUCCGGUGACCUCCGGUAACAGUCGAUCACGAAUGCCUCAUAUUAGUCAGUGUUUAGCAACACAACCGGUACAACAUCGAUCCACCUAUGUGCCUUUAGCAACUGAUUCCGAUUGGGGUAGUUCAUCAUGUGAGAGCCAGUCAAGAUCACGCAAUUCACACACACUCUCAUCUCUGCCACCUCAGUCGCUGAUCACAUUUCGACCAAAGUCCCUGCCCAGUCCGCAUCAUGCACACUCGCAACUGCAUGCGCAUCAAUCGCGAACGGGGACGCAACCGAAUCCGGGUCAUCAUCACCAUCACAGCGGUGCACCUGGAGGGCGAUCUCAAUCCCGCGNNGAUUCCGGUCCCUGUCCCGCGGAUGGAAAGUCCCGCUCGUAUAUGAUAAAAGGACUCCCUUACGGAAGUGCUCAGUCGGUUCGACCGCAUGGCACAUGGACUUAUCCGACCGAGGCCCCAUUCGAUCGAGCCUCAAGUGUUGGUGCAAGCGUAUCUGGUGGUGGGCAGAAUGAAUCAUUUGCACGCGCGACACAUGCGAUCGGGUUGGCCAAACGCCAACAGCUCGGUGGACGAAACAGUGAACCCCGAACGUUGCCUCAGUUCGCGAACUUUCAACCGGGAGCCGGUGGUAGUAAUCAUCCCAAUACAUUAGUUGUCCCGCCAUACAAAGCUUACACUACAAGUCAAACAGCACAAGUAUAUCCGUUCAAUUCAUUGUCGAUGACUGGUGGAAAUACCGCGGUAGCAACUGCCACUAACGCGACUACUGCAACAACCACGGGCAACACGACUACUACUAAUGGUUAUGGUGAACCUAACAGUGGAGCCAUGGCAACAUAUACCAGUACGCAUAGUUUUAACCCAGUGACAACAUCAUACGACUCGCAAACAAGUGCACCUAUAUAUUUCAAUAACCCCGCUGUGGUAAGUCGUUUCAACGAAUCCGCCCCGUCAGCCGUUCACUCACAACCACAGAUGGGUACGUUCCAGCAAGCCGCACUGGAUGCCAAGAUAAUCAGCUCACCCACUACGGGAAACAUACUCCGUCUACCGGGUAAACAUACUAGUAUGGAUGAAAUCUGUGCAAUCCCGCAAUCCGGUCAUCCAUUCUCACCUGACCCGGUGACCGUAUUGAAUCCGACCAGACGAGUGUCCGCCACGAGCAAGUCGCACACGACCUCUAUUCCCAGUUCCAACUCCGCCACAUCGAGCCUGUCUGCCGGGGAUGAGAAAACGUUUUGUGACAGUGGUAUUUCGUCCUCAUCCUAUUCGAAAGACAGUGCUUGCACUUCACCAUCCGAUCAACCCGGAGUGAAACUAACAAAAUUGUCUGAGGAAGCGACUCUUUUCUACGGGCACAAAAAUUCCACUAACGAUCCCCAAUUAGGCCAGGCACCAAAUAAUUGCACCGGUUGUAAAACAAACGAUGGGGAAUCCAAGCGUGCCGUGUCAGUGUUCCCCAGCACCUAUUCUGCAGUGCCGCAGUUGGGUCCAGGCAGAGCUCGAUCGAUCGAGCCACAACCUUACGAACACACAGAGCGUGGCAUGUGUGCGAUUUCGGGACCGAAUUCCAAAUUACAGAGACCCACAACCAUUGUGAAAUCAGUCAAUCAAUCGGUGAGCAAAACGGAAUCCGCAUCCAAGAUGAGCUCACGUCAGAAAGCACGCGAGCUGUACUCGAUGGUGAAGAAUCGCGAAGAGCAACGGGCACAACCAGAUACAGGUCAACGUGCUAAACCGAAUUGUGGUGAUCACAGAGCAGGUUCGUUGCCUGCUGACCGAGGCACAGUGAUUCGAGAUCCCACAUGCACAAACAAUCAUAAACAAGGCAUACUGUACCCGGAAGAAACUAGAUCGUCCGCAUAUCCAGUGGAGUGGAAUGGUUGCGCUCAAUCGCAAACUCCGAAUCAACUUGGUUCAUCCACUGUGAUGCAAUCUCAUCGAGAAUUGCGGCAAUCGUCCGCACAGCAUUUGCCAACUCCAGCAGCAGCAGCAGCAACUGCUGGUUUAGCUCCUGCUCCUCAUUAUCAUCAACAUCCGGACCAGAAUCAAACAGUUGGAACAUUCAUGUCCCACUCUCAAUACAGCGGUACCGAGGUAUCUCAGACGGCACAUCUCUUAUCCAUAAAGCACGAUGCGUGCAGAACUGAGAAACGAUGUACGGGAGAAAAUGAUAUGUGA